AUGGAAGCGGUCAAUUUUAGCAAUCUACUUCGAAUGGUUCAAGCUGCGCAGGCCAAUACUCCCGAGUCAGAAAUCUGUGUUCAAUAUAAAGAUGACGCAGACAAGAAGAAACUGAUUGAGCAAUAUUCCGGGGUGAUCGAAAGCAUGCGCAGAAGGGUUAGAGAGUGCUUAGCUGUUGGAAUAGGUAAUCAUAUGAGAAACGAUGUUGUUGCGGACUAUAACUAUGGAUGGGUAUUUGUUGAGGGAUUUCUAUUAUUCAGCAAAACUUUGCCUUCUGACGACAGAAGCACAUGGCUGGAUGCAUCCUCAGAGGUCGAAGACCGUUGCGCAGGGCGAUCAGAAAACGUACGACAAAAAUUCGAGAAAGAAGCUGCAUUGAAGGAAGAUUCUAUGAUGAGAACGAAGGAGAAGAUGGUCGUGGCAAAGGCAGCUUUAAUGCAAGAAUUUGAUAUCAAACUAUUCUUGCCUACUAGCAAGGAGGUCGCUAAAGAGAGGAGAUUGAGCAGGUUCCCAUACAUCGACUUUCCAGCUGGUGGAAGAUGUCCUGGACAGAUGUGGAAGUCAGAAGGAUACUUUGAAGAAGUUGUUUGGAAGGGUUAUGAAGAUUCAUUCGGUUGGCUGUUAAGAGAGGCCGGAAAGGAGAAUGUCGACGGCGUGUUUGUUAGAACUACUGUCGAUGACACAGUUGAGAAUACUGUUUAUUGGGCAGUCGAUGUCAUUCUUCAAUUUUUGAAAGCAGGCAACGAGGUGGUUUCGAAGGACAAUGUUCGAGGACUUGAGAUCAUGGGUACUUAUCUCGGACCGGAGGGGGUUUUCUGA